CUGCAUCACUGAACUUUAAUAUCUACAGUUUACAGACUGCUGUAACCAACAUGGUGGUGAAGUGCAGGAGCUGACAGGCACCAUUCACUGCAAAGACACAAGCUGUUCAGAUCAGAGCUCAAACUAGUUUACCUUCUCACAAAGUGACACUCACACAGUCGUUGUCUCUGAGAGGGGAAAUGGAGCAGAAAGGAGUUCAGCUGGACCAGGAAACCUUCUCUUGUUGCAUCUGUCUGGAUCUACUGAAGGAUCCGGUGACUAUUCCCUGUGGACACAGCUACUGCAUGAACUGUAUUAAAACACACUGGGAUAAGAAGAAACUCCACAGCUGCCCUCAGUGUAAGCAGACCUUCACACCGAGGCCUGUCCUGGUGAAAAACACCAUGUUAGCAGAUUUAGUGGAGGAGCUGAAGAAGACUGGACUCCAAGCUGCUCCUGCUGAUCACUGCUAUGCUGGACCUGAAGAUGUGUCCUGUGAUGUCUCACUGACGGGGACUGAAGUGGAUGUUUUACUGCCACAACCAGAGCCCAAGACCAGAGCUGAGUUCUUAAAGUAUUCACGUGAAAUCACACUGGAUCCAAACACAGCAUACCCAUAUCUGUUAUUAUCUGAUGGCAACAGAAAAGCAACAUAUCUGUGUGAACAUCAGUUUGAUUCUGAUCACCCAGACAGUUUCACUUUUUAUAAUCAGGUCCUGAGUAUUGAGAGUCUGACUGGACGUUGUUACUGGGAGGUGGAGAGGAAAGGACUAGGAGUUCAUGUAGCAGUCGCAUACAAGAAUAUCAGCAGAGAAGGAGACUCAGAUGAAUGUUUGUUUGGAUUCAAUGACAAAUCUUGGUCGUUAGAUUGUGACGAUGACAGUUAUGAGUUUUGGUACAACAGUGUCCAAACUCCCGUCUCAGGUCCUCAGUCCUCCAGAGUAGGAGUGUACCUGGAUCACAGAGCAGGUAUUCUGUCCUUCUACAGCGUCUCUGAAACCAUGACUCUCCUCCACAGAGUCCAGACCACAUUCACUCAGCCUCUCUAUGCUGGACUUAAUUUUUAUAGGGAUGGAAUCGCAGCUGAGUUGUGUAACCUGAAGUAG